CAUGAGUUCCUCAACCUCUUCCCACACUCCAUCUCUAUCUCUCUCUGGCCUGAUCUCUCAUUGAUUUCCUCAUUGUCUUGAAAGAAAAAGAAGGAAAAUCUUACUCCUUUUCUCUCCAAAUUAAGUACCAGCUGAAGUUUCGCAUAAGUCCAAUUCAGAGACAGGGAGAGGGAGAGGGAGAGAGAGAGAGAGAGAGCCAUCUUCAUCUUCUUUAUCUGAUUUUGUUUCCUGGCACUUCUUUACAGUUUUGAACCCAAACCCACCUCAGAGAGAGAGAGACCCCACUUCAUCGCUUUCCAAAAUUCCAGCUAAAAAUCUGACCAAAACCCACCUCAGAGAGAAGGAGAGAGAGAGAGAGAGAGGGAGAGAGUCACAAAUUCCACCACAGAAAAACCAGGGAGAGAGAGAUUCACAGAAGCCCACCUCAUCAGAGACUGCAGAGAGAGGGAGAGGGAUGACGAUAUCCAUGGUUUUCAGAGCUAAUUCCAUCAAUCACACCCCUUCCUUCCCCAAUCCAACAAAAACCCACUUCCUCUCUCCCCAAAACCUCCUACAUUUCUACAAGAAAACCCCACUCAAAAACCACAUUGGAGAGUUCUCAUGCUCAUCACCAGGCCCAGUAGUGGUGGGGUUGGCAGCAGACUCUGGGUGUGGGAAGACCACCUUCAUGAAGAGACUCACAAGUGUCUUUGGAGGAGCACCAAAAGCUGAUCAUAAUCAUCAAAACCCAGACUCCAACACUCUCAUCACCGACACCACAACCGUGAUCUGCUUGGAUGAUUACCAUUUGCUUGACAGAAAGGAGAGGAAAGAGAAGGGUGUGACUGCACUUCACCCAAGAGCCAACAACUUUGAUCUCAUGUUUGAACAGAUCGAAGCUCUCAAACAUGGUUUCCCUAUUGAGAAGCCCAUCUACAACCAUGCCACUGGCCUCUUAGAUCCUCCUGAACUCAUUCAUCCUCCUAAGAUCCUAGUACUUGAGGGAUUGCACCCACUGUACGAUUCUCGAGUGAGAGACCUUUUGGACUUCAGCAUAUACUUGGACAUCAGCAAUGAAGUCAAAUUUUCCUGGAAAAUUCAGAGAGACAUGGCAGAACGUGGGCACAGCCUAGAAAGUGUUAGAGCUAGUAUUAAAGCCCGUAAAUCCGAUUUUGAUGCUUACAUUGAACCCCAAAAGCAAUAUGCAUCGGUAGUCAUGGAAGUCCUUCCCACGCAGCUUAUUCCCGACGACACCGAGAGGAAGGUCUUGAGGGUUCGACUGAUAAUGAAAGAAUCCGGAGUCAAGAACUUCCAACCAAUCUACAUUUUCGACGAGGGCUCGACCAUUUCUUGGGUGCCAUGCGGAAGAAAACUCACCUGCUCGUAUCCUGGCAUCAAGUUCUUCUGUGGCCCCGAAGCUUACUUUGAAAACGAGGUGACGGUGUUGGAGAUGGAUGGGGAAUUCGACAAGCUGGAGGAACUGGUGUAUGUUGAAGGGCAUCUGUGCAACGUCUCGACAAAGUUCUAUGGAGAAGUUACGCAACAGAUGUUGAAGAACUGUGAUUUUGAAGGAAGUAACAAUGGCACUGGUUUCUUCCAGACGUUGAUCGCUUUAAAGAUUCGAGAUCUUUACGAGCAGGUCGCCAUGAGUAAUGGUGUUGGCGAUGGUGUUGGAGUUGGCUCACUGGCAUCGACUAAGUAAUGGAGUCUCUCAGUCUACUGUGUAUUCGAAUAAGAGCAUUCCAUGUUUAUAAUUGCCUGCUUCUGUGACUGUAAUUCUAAGUAAUAAAAUCAAUCGUAGCCUAUGUUUGAUUCUCGG